AUGGUUAAGUUGGGCAGUAACCUGACGGAGAAGGCGGAGAAGCAGUUGUCCGUAGAUGAUGGCUUUGACAACAUUCCUCUGAUCACACCCCUGGAAGUCAGUCAACUACAGCAACCGUUUCCUGACAAGGUGAUCGUGAAAACGACGAUGGAGUACCAACUGCAGCAGAAGAAGAAAAAGUUAUACGUGCCAAGCAUGAAGAAACUGAACAUAAACCUUUAUGAUGAGGUUUCUGAGAAGGUCAAGCUUACCGGACUGAUUCUCAUUACCUUGGCUUUCCUUGCUUGUCUUCUUCUCUUGGUCAUGUACAAAGCUCUGUGGUAUGAACAGCUAAGCUGCCCUGAGGGUUUCGUUCUUAAGCACAAGCACUGUACCCCCGCUGCCCUGGAGAUGUAUUACUCCGAGCAGGACACGGGCCCCAGAGGCGGCUUGUACACAGCCAUCAGUCACCUGAACCAGGCUAAGAAGAACCUUCCAGAACUCUCAUCUCCUUGGCUGCCUGUCAUAAGUGCCCUGAAAGAGGCCCAGAAAGCUAAGGAAGACUCCGCAGCCCACGCCUAG